AGAAGCGCCAGCAACGGGCAAUGGGCCGACCAAUCAUCAAUGCUCCCAGAGUGGAAAGCUCAGCGUUGCAGUUGGUGUACCCGCUGGAUUCUCGUCCGGUGCAGCUAAUCUUCCGGGGGUUGCAGGUGGUCAAGGAGAAACGAGCCCUCCUACGCGAUGUCUCGGGCGUGGUCAAGCCCGGCGAACUUUUGGCCGUCAUGGGCCCCUCGGGUUGUGGCAAAACUACGUUGCUGAACUGCUUGUCAGGCCGCGUGGGCGUGGACGGGGGUGAAAUCUGGCUGAAUCGCGAAAGGCUGACGAAAAGAUGGCGACGAAGAAUCUGUUACGUGCAACAACAGGACGUUUUCUUCCCCGAUUUGACGUUGCGGCAGACCCUCCAGUACCAGGCGAGACUCAGGCUUCCGGACUCGUUCUCGCAAUCCCAGAAGAUGCAGUGCGUGGAUCAUAUCAUCGAGGUCCUCGACCUCGCCGGCUGCCAAGACACCAUUAUCGGGGACUACACGAAACGAGGGCUCUCGGGCGGCGAGAAGAAGAGGACGAGCAUAGCCUGCGAGCUGCUCACCAAUCCGUCGCUGAUGCUGCUCGACGAACCAACCAGCGGGCUGGACUCGCACUCAGCGCAGUCUCUGAUUUCACGACUGAAGAAAUACGCGGAGCAAGAGGGCAAGAGCAUCGUGUUGACGGUGCAUCAGCCCAGUUCGAGGAUGUUCCACAGUUUCAGCAAGCUUCUUCUGUUGAGCCGAGGCCAGGUGGCGUAUUACGGGCCGACCACGAAUAUCGGAAGGUUCUUCUCCACGAUAGGACUGACGCUGGUGCCGCAUUACAACCCGGCUGACUUCAUACUGGAGCAAAUAAAGGGGCCAGAGGAGGUACGGGAUCGGAUCGUUGCAGCGGCGAGGAACGUCCGACAGGGAUCCGACUGCCCACCGGAACUACGCCCGGAAUAUAAUCCCAGCCAGCAUCCGCUAUGCGACCAUCUCAUCCAUUAUCACGAGCACCACAUCAGCCACAAUGUAAAAGAGGACGAAGGUCGCACCCUGUGGCUGGACACGCAGAGCCACACUAGUAGCAGCGCCAGCUCCGCGGACGAAGAGUACGCCUGGCAGUGGCCCACCAGUUUCUGGUCGCAAUUCAAAGUAUUAUCAGAACGAAACUUUCAAGAAGCCCGGCCACGGAUGCUGUCCCGUCUGAAUUGGUUACAAACGAUAGCCCUCGGUCUGCUAGCCGGGCUGCUUUGGUUGAGGCUUCCCAGAACCGAGGCGGCUCUCCACGACAUCCAGGGUUGGAUGUUCUUCAGCACCACGUACUGGAUGCUGUUCGCGCACUUCGGCGCACUCUCCAGUUUUCCUCCAGAACGCGAGGUUAUCAACAAGGAGCGGCUGUCGGGGUCGUAUCGGCUCUCGGCCUAUUACCUGGCGAAAAUGGUCGGCGAGCUACCGCUUACGAUCACUCUGCCCGCGGUCUACCAUAUCAUUAGUUACCCGAUGUUGGGCUUCCACAGUCCGGCUGUUUUCGUCACUCUGCUGGCGUUCCUCUUACUCAACACUGUUGUCGCGCAGAGCGUGGGAUUCUUCGUCGGCGCGUGCUGCCUGGACCUCCAGGUGAGCAUAACCGCGUCAGCGCUGUAUACGCUCGCCACGCAGCUACUGGGCGGUUAUUUGGCCACCGCUGUCCCACCGUGGCUCGCGUGGGCCAGAUACGCGAGCAUGGUGCACUACGCCUAUCAGAACAUGCAGAUCCUGGAAUUCGGCGUCGGCGAGCCGAUCACAUGCUCGCAGCCAAGCAAGUUCUCGGAAUGUCGGAACGCCACCACGAUCCCGGUGUCGGCCAUUUUGGAGAGUCAGGGCGGCAAGGGUUCGGGUCUUCCGCUAUGGGCGAACACCGCCGUUCUGCUCGCGUUCCUGGUGAUAUUCCGCACCCUCGGCUACCUGGUGCUCCGUUACUACCGCGUGCCGAAGUGAACGGGCCGAUCCACGAUGCGCGGGCAACCGUCAAGACUCGCCGAUUUCGCGUCUUCGAUCGGACGAUCGAACGAAUCGAAAGGCAUACAUGCAUACGCCGUCGUCGUGCCGGCCACGCCGCGCUAACGGGACCGAUUAACUAGCCGGUAACACCGCCUACCUCC